AUAGAAAUACGAAAUUAAUACCCCCUUACCUUCAGGUCCUCACUACUUCCUCCUUACCUUCCUGCCUCUAUCAAUAAAUGUAAACUGUAAAGAAUUAACUUCAUUCAUCUGAAUAGACUGAAUUUCAUAAUACUUAAAACAUCAUCUUCACACUUCUCUCUCCUCUCUCUCUGAAAGUAUACUUCUGCGUUUCAUAUUUAGAGUUUGUAUGACAGUAGAGUGUGAUUAACAGUUUGAGUGGUGAUGAUGAUGAAAAGUGAAGACAAGAACAAGUCCAUAACUGAGAUGGAUGAAAGAGAAGUUUCAAUUUCUAUUUCUGAGGAAGAGAAAUCCUCUGGGACGACUGGAGAAACAUCAAACGCUAAACAUUGGAAGAAACCGAACCUUUUCUUGGAGAUACCUAGCAGAACAUUGGAGGUAUCCCAUCAAGAGUUUGUUCAAAUAAAGAUGCCUCCGACUCCCACUCCCACUCCCAAAAGAGUGAAUUUCCUUUUAACUCCUAGCCCUUCUGAUGCAAAAGUAACUGUAAGUGGAUCUCCUCAUCCUUCCUCGUCCAAAGCCAAACCAUCCAUCAAGAAUUUGCUGCCAAGACUAAGCUUCAAGUACCGGAGUUCUAAUUCUGAUGCAGAAAAGACUGCCAACCUUGAUUCAGGUUCAUCAACUACCAGGACGCAAGAGAAUCCUUCCAUAUCAAGGUCAUGGUCACUAACAAAAAUUUUUACGCCUCGCAUGAAAAGGACAACAUCCUUACCUGUGACCCCGAUUGCACAUUCAAAUCCAGAAUCUGUCCGUGAUGGAAUUAUAAACAGUUCUGUAGCCCUUGACACAAAAGUUGCUCAGCGGCAGAUCUCCAGGUCACUUUCUGUCCCAGACCUCAACAAAGGCAAAGGCAUUCGAAAACUUGAUUCCUUCUUUCGUGUCAUUCCCUCAACUCCUCGAGUGACGGAUGGCAUUUCAGAAGUGUCAACGGUGACUACACCUGGAGAAUCUGAGAAUAAUGAAGAUGAAGGUGAAGAUAUACCCGAAGAAGAAGCUGUUUGUCGAAUUUGCCUUGUUGAACUAUGUGAAGGUGGAGAGACGCUUAAGAUGGAAUGUAGCUGCAAAGGUGAACUUGCUUUGGCUCAUCAAGAAUGUGCCAUAAAAUGGUUUAGCAUCAAAGGUAACAAGACGUGUGAUGUUUGCAAGCAAGAAGUUCGAAAUCUACCUGUCACACUUCUGCGUAUUCAAAGUACUAUAAACCGCAAUACUGGAGCAACUAGUUUUCGACAUAUGGAAAUCAACGGAUACAGAGUUUGGCAAGAAGUGCCCAUUCUUGUCAUUGUCGGUAUGCUGGCCUACUUCUGCUUUCUUGAGCAGCUCCUGGUUAAUAGAAUGGGUACAGGUGCAAUUGCCAUAUCACUUCCUUUUUCUUGUGUACUCGGUCUUCUCUCAUCUAUGACCUCUUCAACUAUGGUGAAGAGAAGAUUCGUCUGGGUAUAUGCUUCAAUUCAGUUCGCACUCGUGGUUCUCUUUGCUCAUAUCUUUUACUCCUUGGUUCAUGUGCAACCAGUUCUAUCAAUUCUUCUCUCAACAUUUGCGGGUUUUGGUGUAGCAAUGAGUGGAAGUUCUAUUCUCGUUGAGUUCCUGAGAUGGAGAAGGCGACGUGCUGCUACAAAUCAGAAUCAAAUGAGUAACCAAGUCGUGUUAAAUUAGAAAAGGUGGCCUCAAAUGAAUCAAAUUGCUGCGCCAUCCUAUGCAGAUCCUCAGCUUCAUCAAACAGGAGAAGUCAAGAAACGUUAGAGGGCAGAUGAUGAUCAGAACCAGAUCAAAAGAGACUACAAUCUGCAAACUGGAGAGUUAUCGUGUUUAUAAAUACAAAGACGCGGUAGACUUUUCCGUAUGUUUGCAUAUUGUUUGAUCUCUUACUAGGUUGAAAUGAAAAAUAGAGGGAAUAUAAAGGGAAAAAAUCAUGCAGAAGUUUCAAAUUUUCAUGCAUGUUAAAGAAUGGAAAAGAAGAAGAUCGUUAUCUGUAUUUAUUAAUCCUACUAGAGAUCAAUUUUAAUUAUUGAAAGAAGUCAUUUAUCAUAUUAA